ACAUGCAAGACUAGCUGACUGCUCCAGGCCACUCUAGCCGUCUCACAAACCAGAGUCCUGUCCCUGCCCUCUGUGCUGCGCCGACUUCCAGCCUCCCAACCACAGAGGUUACACACCAGAGCCUUCCUCUGACCUUGAGCUGGCUGCCAGUCCUGCCCCAGGGGACACUGAAGCGUGUGUCACCUGCGCUGCUCUUUUCAGAGGGAGAUGAAGGUGCUGCUGAGCCUGACCCUGCUGCUGACAUGGCUGGGGCGGUGCGGCGGGGCCGCCGGCGUGUUCACGGAGCCCCGGCUCCAAGCUAGGGCUGGGGGCUCCGUGCUGCUGCAGUGCCUCUUCCUGGACCCCGACAGCAAGGGAUGGACCCUGCACAAAGUGGACUGGCUGCACAAGGCAGGAGCUGGCACGCAGGAGGAGAUGGUGUUUUUCUACUACAGCAACCACGGCGUCCCCGCGGGCCGCUUCAGGAACCGGGUGCAGUGGCGGGGGAACGUGUCCCGCUGGGACGGCUCCAUCCUGCUGCAGGACCUGCGCCUCAACGACAGCGGCACCUUCGAGUGCGAGCUGCGCCUGCUGGAGACCAGCCGCGUCUUCAAGAGCCGCACGGUGCUGCUCGUCAGCCCCGCGGCACCCAGAGGUGCCGAGGAUGCCGCGCCCCUGAGGGACUCCGGCUUCUGGCCGGCCGCGGUGGGCUGCGGCUGCGUGGCCGUGGUGGUGGCGUUCCUGGCCGGGCUGUGCGUGAGGAAGAGGUUUGCAGCCGUCACAGCCCUGGAGAGGAUGGGGAAGAGCAGCAGCAAGAGCAAAGCAGAGGAAGCAAUUUACUCCUCAGUCCCUGGAGAUGAGGUCGCCAAGGCUGAGCAGGAAGCAAAGAAGAAGAGGAGAGCUGAGGACACCUACAUAACCAUGCACCCGUCUCACUGCCGGGACAACGGCGUCUACGUGGAGCUGGCCAAGAGGUCCAUCCCAUCGGAAUGGAUGGCAGAGGGGACACGGGGGCACGGACAGAGCCAGGAGCCCCCCAGCAGGCCAGAGGAGGCGCUUCCCCAGCCUCCAGAGCAGCAGAAAUAG